AUGAAACGGUCUCCAUUGAAUGGACUGAUAUGCCCUUGCAAAUACAUUCGAAGAUUGAUAUGUUUUGCAUUGAUUCUGGUUGCUAAUGUAUCUGCAGUCGAUGAAGAUUCUGAAUCAACUCGAUCCACAACGACUCCAAGAAAACAACUAGAUUCUUCCCAACGUCGUGAACGCUCACGUGAACAAUGGGAACUCGCUUUUAAAGAAAUUAAGGCUUUCAGGGUGAAACGGGUAAACAGUACUGAUCGAAACAAAGGUUUCUUUAGUCAGUGGAAGCUACUCUUGGAUCAGCCUAGAAUAGUUGAAUUAGAUCCUGAGACAAACAUGACAACAGUCAAGAUGGAGAAAGCAGGAUCACCAACGGCUAUGUGGAAAUCUGGAACUCAGAGAUUCGAAGGGUUUCCUUCUUGGGAUCGGAUAUUGCAGGAUUGGGCAGACGACGUUCAGGAGUAUAUGGACAGAGUAGAAGCUGAAAAUAUCGAAUAUCCAAUGUCAACACAUGGAACUCCUUACAAACAGUUGGCAACAAAUGCUGAACAACCCAAAGUUGAAAAGCAGGCAAAAGUCGAGAAGCCUACUGUGAUUCCGGAACCCAAAGACCCGAAAAAGAAAAUCAAGCUCCCAGUUCCUGCUGCGGCAAGACCCGGAGAAGCCGUCCUUCCUCACACAGAUUUAUCAGACAAAUCCAAGCGCAUAUGGAUUGUGACAACAGCCGCCCUUCCGUGGAUGACAGGAACAGCAGUGAAUCCCCUUCUAAGAGCUGCCUAUAUGACAGAGGGACGAAGUGAGGAAGGAGGGUCUGUGACACUGAUGAUUCCAUGGCUUGAACGUACGAAGGAUCAAGAGUAUGUUUACGGGAAAGAUAAGGUGUUUGGAAGUCCAGAGGAGCAAGAGCAAUACAUCCGUACCUGGUUGCGAGAAAAAGCAAAACUUCCAAGAGCUAGUGAAGAAUUGAAGAUCGAUUGGUACACAUCGUGGCAAAACAAAAUUGAAAACUCGCUCUACAGCAUGGGUGAUAUCACGGCAUUGAUUCCAAAAGAAGAAGCUGACAUUUGCAUCCUAGAGGAACCCGAGCAUCUAAAUUGGUAUCGUGCACCUGGUGAUUCAUGGACAACGAAGUUCAAGCAUGUUGUUGGAAUUAUCCACACAAACUACUUUGUGUACGCCCAAGAACAACCAGCAGCAUUCAUUCGUGCUCCUGGAAUGCGGCUUCUCUGUUCCUGGAUGUGUAGAGCACACUGUCACAGAGUCGUUAAACUUUCUGGUACACUGGGGCAGUUUGCUCCGGAGAAAGAACUCGUUGAGAACGUUCAUGGAGUACGAUACAGUUUUUUGGAAUCGGGAGAGGCAGUGAGAGACAGAAUUGAAGCAGAUGCCAUAAACGACCCUGUGUUCGGAGCUGCCGCGGAACCAAAAGUGUACUUCAUUGGGAAAAUGCUUUGGUCGAAGGGGCUAGGGUCGUUGAUGGAACUUCUGAGAUACGCUGAGGAGAGUGCUGGUACAAAGGUUCACGUCGAUAUGUAUGGCGGUGGACCAGACAAGGAUGCUGCAGAGGCUCGAGCGAAGUCCCUCAAAGUCGACUUGGAGUUCCAUGGUCCAGUUGAUCAUGCGGAACUAGCGUUCACCCACAAGCUUUUCAUUAAUCCUUCCACAUCGGAAGUUCUUUGCACUACAGUCGCGGAAGCACUCGCUAUGGGAAAAUUUGUCCUUGUGCCGUCACAUCCAUCUAAUGACUUUUUCGCCCAAUUUCCGAACUGUUUAACGUAUGCAAACAAAGAGGAAUUUGUCGGAAAUCUCUACUACGCACUUACACACUCACCGGAGCCUCUAACGGAAGAGGACUCUUACGCUCUUAGCUGGGAAGCUGCAACAGAGAGGCUGGAAGCAGCAGCUGCCAUACCUGUCAGCGAAGCCAAUCUGAUGAACGAGGCAUUAUCAUCCAAAGAAGCUGGCAUCGAGAUAACGUUGCCGCCCUUUAUCGAGGAUAAAACCGGUCGAAAGCUGGUUGUAAACACUUUGAUUCGAACACGCUCCAGAUAUCGACAGUUUCGAUCGCGUCUCUCCCAAGAGAUUCAACAAAGCAAUGUCCUGCCAGAAAAGGUCAAGGAAAGACUAAUCAGCGACCUUGAGAACCGAUUAGAUUUAGACAUUGAUGAAAUUUUGGAGUCACCAAAGCUUCGACUACAAUUAUCUCCCGCUGAGCUUGACAACAAACUCCUCGAUUUGUACAAGAACAUUCUCAACGGACCAAGAGGUGACGUACUACGAGUGCUCGGAGGAGGUCAAGAAGUCGCAUUCCAAGAUUUAUACAUAAAGCGUAGCACUUCAAAGCUCAGGAAAAACCAAGAUGUCGAUCAAUCUAGCCUCUCUUUUGGACCAUUCAGUGAUUCGAUCAUCGAGGCUCGUGAUGCUAAGCCGAAUACUGCUUCCCAGUGGGUCCAGCAAGCUCUUGCCAAGAACCUGAAAAGCGACGACUUUGCAACAGAAAACUCGAAACGGAAAACGAAGAAGCCUCCGAAAGGCAAGGCAAAUAUGAAAAUGUGCAUCCCAAACCGCAUAUCCAAUCAACGAUUUGUUCCACUUGUUACAUCACCAAGCCAAUUUUGCCCACCACAAAGUGCAACACGAUCUUUUUCUCUUCUGGUAUAG